ACAGAAUGUUCCAGUGCUGUGUCUGCUUUCAUAACGGCCGAGACGUCCAACAAAUAUUUCAAAAAUGUUGAAAGAGUUGGUGAAGGCGAGGUUAAUGGCGGCGGCCGAUGAAAUAUUUGCUCUGUUUGAAGGAACGAUAGCGUCGUACGAGGAGGUACUUUCUCGAACAAAAGAGGAAAACGAGCGACAAAGACAACAACUGGAAGCUGUUGGCAAUAUUGACUUACACGUUGAAGACGUCCAGCAGGGGGGGAGCUCCGUUUUGAAGCAGGAGGAUCCACAGCCUUGCCACGUUAAAGAAGAAGAAGAUGAACUCGGAAACACUGGGGAAGGUUUUCGGCUGGAGCAGGUUGAUCACGCUGUGGUCUCUGUGAAGGUUGAAGACCAUGAAUACAAACAACCUGAGCUUCAUCACAGUCCAAGUAAGGAGAACAGAGGGCCGGAGCCUCCGAGCAGCAGCUCAGUACAACACAUGACAACAGAAGCUAAUGAAGACACCCAAAAACCUUUGAGCAGAGAUACAGACUCUGAAGGUCUUACUGACAACAAGGACUCUAAAUGCUCUAAAGGGACGUUAGUUAAAACCUGUUUUACCUGCUUAAUUUGCGCUCGUCGCUAUUCUUAUGAGAGCCAUUUGACUCGACACAUGCGUACGCACACUAGAGAAAAACCUUUUAGUUGCACCGUUUGCAGUAAAGAAUUCUCUCAAAAAGGCAACAUGGUAGCACACAUGACGACGCACACCGAAGAGAAACCCUUCGGUUGUUCAGUUUGUGGCGAAACAUUCUCUCGAAAGUAUUCCAGGGUAACGCACAUGAGGACACACGCGGAGGAGAAACCUUUUAUCUGCUCAACAUGCGGCAAGGGUUACACUGUAAAGUCGUCUUUGGUUGCGCACCAAAGAACGCACACUGGGGAAACCCCCGUAAGUUGUUCAGUUUGCGGUAAAGGAUUCUCUCAAAAGGAAGGCGUGGUGAGACACAUGAGAACACACACAGGGGAAAAACCUUUUAGUUGCUCAAUUUGCGGCAAAAGUUUCUCCCGAAAGACUAUAAAGGUGUUACACAUGAGAAAACACACCGGUGAAAAUCUCUUUGAAUGCUCAGUGUGUGGUGAUGGAUUCGCCUGCAAGGAUGUGUUAAAUGUACACAUGAGGACGCACACGGGGGAGAAGCCUUUUAGCUGCUCGAUAUGUUGCAAACGUUUUGCUACAAAGGGCGUUUUGAAUUCUCACCAACAAACGCACACCACCAUAAAAACCCUCAGUUGCUCAGUUUGUGGGAAAAGUUUCUCUCAAAAGGCAAACGUGGUAUUACACAUGAGAACACACACCGGAGAAAAACCUUUUAGCUGUGCGGUUUGUGGGAAGCGAUUCUCCCAAAAGUCACACAUGCUGUCACACGCGUCAACACACACGAAGGACAAAUCUUAUAUUUGCAAGGUUUGUGGCGAAAAGUUCGCUUACAAGACAACCUUGGACGAGCACAUGAGAAUACACGGAGGAAAAAAACCUUUUAACUGCACCGUUUGUGGUAAAAACUAUGUCCACAGGCACACUUUGACGGCACACAUGCGGACACACGAUGGAUAACAGACAGUUUCCUAAACACUUUAUAAGAGAAAGUGGUUCUAUCUUACUGUAAUACAACCAAAGUAAGAACUGGAACUGUAAUCCUGCAACAUUAAAAGUGGCGUUGAGUCAAAUACAGAGUGUA